AUGAUGUCCAACUCUUGCGGGGGGACCACUCAGGCCAAUGCGCUGCUGACGCAGAGCCGCCUCGACAUCAUCACGGUGGGUGAGAAAAUCCUUCUCAAAGCAGUUGCUCCACAACUGGCGCUGAAACUAAGCCGCCUCGAAGCAACCACAAGGAGCGUGUACCAGCAGAUCGAGAAAGCCGGGGAUCGUGGUGCCUGGAGCAAGAGCCUCAAAGAUCAGACCAAGCUGCAGCAGCACACGAUCACCAAGGCAAUCAAGGAGUUGCUGAAGCAGCAGCUCAUAAAGGAAGUGAAGUCUGUCCAGAACAGGAACCGAAAGGUCUUCAUGCUCAUUGACCUAGAGCCUAGCCUGGAGGUCUCCGGAGGCACCUGGUACAAGGACGGCGAGUUCAACUACAGCUGGGUGGAGACUCUGCGGGAGUACUGCCUCACCUUCAUGGACAAGAACUUCGGUCGCCCUGCAUCACAAGCUGAACUUCAUCGCUUUGUGAUGCAGCAUCCUGGCCCUCAGGUCCCGACCGAGGAGGACAUCCUCUGUAUCAUGAAGACCCUGGAGCUGGAUGAGGAGGUUUCCUCCCUCGUCACCUCCGAUGGACAGCGGGUCUUUAUGCGCCGCCGGAAAGGUGGCUUCGACCAGCCCAUGGAUAUCUUCGCUGCCCGCUUGCCAAACUUCUUGCGGCAGGCCAGGAGCGGUGCAGAAGUCCUGCAUGUUGUCCAGUCCAUGUAUACAAUCUUCGUGCUAUCUUUCUAUCGAUCUAUCGAUCUAUCCAUCCUUGCAACCAUCCAUCCAUCCAUCCAUCCAUCCAUCCAUCCAUCCUUGCAACCAUCCAUCCAUCCAUGCAUCCAUCUAUCCAUCCGCCCAUCCGUCAUUAUGUGCUCGUAUUUGUAUACGUAUCUAUGUUAA